AUGGUAAAUACUGACUUUGAAAGAAUAUUCUUCAACCAAUCAAGAGGAUCUGGCCGUAUGCGUAUUGCCGACUCAGGAUUGGGUUGGAAAGCAAGUGCUAGCGCAACAAAUGGAUCAGCAACUCCUGAGCAACAAACAUUCUUGUUACCUCGUGAAGAGAUAUUGAUAACUACGUGGUCACGAGGCUCAAAGGGAUACGAAUUAAGAAUACAAACUAAAAACAAAGGAGUGGUGCUGUUGGAUGGAUUCCAUCCCGAUGACUUUGCACAAUUGAAACAAGAAUUGACCCGAAAUUUUCAUGUCAACUUGGAGCACAAGGAACACUCAUUGAGGGGAUGGAAUUGGGGUACCACAGACUUGGCUAGAAAUGAGUUGGUUUUCAAUGUCAACAAUAAACCAUCAUUUGAGAUCCCUUACGAUGCAAUUUCAAAUUCUAAUUUGACCGGUAAAAACGAAGUUGCGAUUGAGCUUAAUCUAGACAGGAGUAAUAAGAAAAUGGGAGAUGAAGUGGUUGAAAUGAGAUUCUACGUACCAGGAACCACUAUUGAACAGGAAACCACUACUGUAAAGAAUGAAGACGGUGAAGAGGAAGAGGUGGUUUCGACAAAUAUUGAUACCGAACAGAGUGCAGCACAAACCUUUUACGAGCAGUUGAAAGACAAGGCAGAUAUUGGACAAAUUGCUGGUGAAGCUAUUGUGUCCUUUGGUGAUGCACUAUUCCUUACUCCAAGAGGUCGUUAUGAUAUUGACAUGUACUCCAACUCUUUGAGAUUGAGGGGUAAAACCUACGAUUACAAGAUUCAAUAUGAUCAAAUUGAACGUAUCUUUUCGUUACCAAAACCAGAUGAGGUACAUCACUUGAUAAUUUUGCAAAUUGAUCCACCAUUGAGACAAGGUCAAACCAGGUAUCCAUUUUUGGUUUUGCAAUUUGUGAAAGAUGAAGAGACUGAGUUGGAAUUGAAUUUGAGUGACGAAGAAUUUGAAGAGAAGUACAAAAAUAGAUUGAAGAAGACUUACGACGCCCCAACACAUAUUGUUAUGGCCCAUUGUCUUCGUGGUUUGACGGAGAAGAAGCUAGUAAUACCAGGCGCAUUUCAGUCCAGAUUUUUACAACCUGGUAUUUCAUGUUCAGUCAAAGCUUCGGAAGGUUAUUUGUAUCCUUUGGAAAGAUGCUUUUUGUUUGUGACAAAACCAACUCUUUACAUUCCAUACAGCGAGAUAAGCAACGUGGGAUUGUCUAGAGCAGGAGGUGGAGUUUCCGCAUCGAGGACAUUCGAUUUAGAGAUAAAUAUUAUUGGCUCUACAGUCAAACACGUCUUUGGUAGUAUUGACAGAGAGGAACAAGAAAAUAUUGAGAAAUUCUGCGUUGGAAAAGGAAUCAGGGUCAAGAAUGAGGAAAAGAUUGCUAAACAAAGAUUGGCAAAGGCAUUGGAACAAGAAGCUGAUAUGGAUGCUGAUGAUAAUGAUGUAGAUAUGGGCAGCGCUGGUGAUGAUGACGAAGAUGAGGAUGAUGAUUUCCAAUCCGGUUCUGAUUCGGAUGUAGCAGAGGAAUUUGACAGUGAUGCAGCAGAAUCUAGCGGAGACGAAGAGGGAGAAGGUGAUGAUAGACCACCAGCUAAAAAACCAAAGAACUAG